AUGAUUCCUACUACAUCUUCCCUCUUCGCGAUACUUGUAUACCUAGCGGCACAAGCGCGACAAGUACGAGCCGACCCAAAUGCGCCGUGUUACUUUCCUGGUGGCGAGUUCGCACCAGGCUACUUUGCUUGCCAGGCCUUCAACGCUCCAGUUUCUUCUUGCUGUCCGGCAGGGUGGACAUGUUUCAGCAAUGCGCUCUGCAUCGCGACGACAGAAAGCAACUCGUUUCCCAACUUGACUCUGGGCGCGGUGCAGCGAGGAGCUUGUACAAAUCCUCAAUGGAACAACUAUAUCUGCGGGAGUGCUUGCCUUGAAAACGGAAACCGCAGGGGCGAAUUAGCUGCCUGUGGAAACGACCGAUUCUGCUGUGCGGCAGACUUCAACGAAGGAAAAUGUGACUGUUCAUCAAACGAUAAAGAUAGCAGUGCAUUCACCAUCAGUGUUGGCCUGGUGCAAACCAUUAUACAAGUGUCUGACACGACAUUCACGGGAACUCCAUCACUCAGCAUCGCGUCCACGAGGGUCAGCACCGUAGAAGCAUCCGCCACAGGAACAGGAACUACCACCCAGAUAACCGAUGGCCCCCCAUCAUCAACCUCCCUGACCUCCAGCCAGACCUCAUUUGCGCCGACGACAACGCCAGCUGCUCCACCCGUUGCAAGUUCCAAGGGAGACGUUGGUAGUGACUCCAGCGGCUCUAGUAGUAGUAACGGUCUCAAGAUUGGGCUAGGUGUUGGUAUUCCGGUCGCUGUCUUGGCCGCUGCGGGAGCGUUGGCCUAUUUUCUAUGGUGGAAGCCGAGGCAGAUUAGGCGCGUGAGUCGCAUUUCGCAGCAUGACCACUACUUCGUCUCGACGGAUCUGGCGGAGAAUGAUCCCCAUGGGCCGGCUAAGUAUGAGCCGUAUAGGCAGGCGGCUACAUAG